AUGGGCAAAAUAAUCGACGCUCUUCAGCAAGCGCUUCCGCUCCUUGGGGUUGCCGCAAAUGUCACGGCUGCUUCCACUUCAAAUAUCUUUGCGGUCCCAGAUUCGGCCUGGAAGUCACUCAAUGACAGUGUCUCUGGCCGGUUGCAUCUUGCCUCGCCUGCGGGCUUACCGUGCUUCACCAGCUAUGAGAAUGCAUGGGGGCUUGAUGCAAAUGCGCCUAACGCAGCGCAAUGUCAGACAGGAACGGUGCCCGACUACUAUGUGGAUGCCCAGUCGGUUGAAGAUAUUCAGAAGAGUCUGCAGUUUGCUCAGCAGUACAAACUUCCCGUCACUGUCAAGAAUACUGUGAUUACUGAGAACUUCACUCCCGACGAGUGUCCCAGCCCCGUUGGCCCUGUUGUGACAUAUCACGCUGGCCAAGUCGGCACCCACCUGUACAACAGCCUUCAAGGAACCGGUUAUAUGAUUGUUGCUGGUUCAUGUCCCUCUGUUGGACCUUCUGGAGGAUGGAUCGCUGGCGCUGGCCACGGCAUCUUCACGCCGUCUUUUGGCCUCGGUGUGGAUAAUGUGCAACAGAUGAAAGUCGUACUGCCUAACGGAACAUAUGUAACAGCCAACCGAUGCCAGAAUCAAGAUAUCUUUUUUGCUCUCCGUGGCGGUGGUGGAGGUACCUUUGGUGUAGUGACAGAAACUACCACUAAGCUUCACCCAGACCAAGAGUACUCGUAUGCGUUCGUGCAAUUACCUGUACCGGACGUUCGCACAGCCAACGAAGUUUUGGUUGCAAAUGCUGAGAGGUGGUCAGAAGAGGGCUGGGGAGGCGUUUACGGAGUGCUGGACGUCGCGGGUAGCCCCAACCUUGUAUGGCUCGGCUACAAUGCGAAUCUCAACCUCGACGAGGGCAAGGCGUCUCUGAAGCCAGUGACUGACUACCUCAAGUCCCUGCCAGGCAGCGAGAACCUGAUUACCGACUUCAGGAUCCUGCCGAAUCAAUUUACCGCACAGAACGACCCGGCAUUGCUCUCCAUCCUCUUGCCUGAAGCUGGAGUUUCCUUGACUCGAUCAUCCAGAUUGGUGCCUAAGAAGAACUUCCAGACUGCCGAUGGACAACAGGCGCUUGUUGACGCCCUCAUGGCUAACAAGUUUGGCUGGGGAGCAGUCAUUGCUUCUCCAACAAACUAUACCUUGGCCGAGUCAGACCAGCCUGGCGGCCCGGGAGAGUCUUCAGUGUCACCAGCAUGGAGAGAUUCCGUGUGGCAUUUGACCUACACAACGACUUGGGAUCCAGCAGACCCGGUCGCCACGACCCCUGAAGCUCUCGCGAGCAGGUUCCAGGAGAUUAGCGAGGCAAUGGACCCUAUACGUGCCAUUACCCCUGGCGCUGGCGCGUAUCAGAACGAGGCUGAUGUUUAUGAGCCGGAUCCCAUCGGAUCGUUCUGGGGCGAAAAGAACCAUGCCCGCCUUCUUGCCAUCAAGAAACAGCUCGACCCGGAUAACUUGCUAUCGUGCUGGAACUGCAUUGGGUGGAACGUGGAUGAUGAACGACACGAGUGCUAUCUCAAUGUGAGAGGCAUCGGGCCAUCAAACUGA